AUGACAGUAGAAGCUGGCAACACCGAUAUGAAGUAUGAUGAAUUUAAGAUACAAUCUGAUCUUACUGCUUUAAAGAUUGAAUUAAAGGACAUGAUGGACGAUUUUUAUAAUAAGCUUCACUUCAAUAAAAAGGAUUUAGCAGAAAUCUUUACUAUUGGAAUUCAAGUUACUG